AUGGAUGACUACAGACAAGCUGAUAUUUUUCCUCCUGCAUGGAUAAACAGGAAUCCAUCUGAAUUGGCAGAAUCACGUGUCUUCAUCAUCUCUUGCUGUAUUGCUGGCAUUAUUGGUAUCUUGACCAUUGUGUAUACCGCAUUCCAAUGGAGAAGAAACAUCAGUCUAAGCUUAAUGAAAGCUACUGCUAAAAAAAAGAAGGAUCCAAAAUCAAGAAGCAGGGUUCCAGUAGCUGCUCAUACUUGGUAUCUUGAGUCUGGAUCCCGUGGGAAAAACUUAAACUGCUGUGUAUGCUUAAAAUCAGUGUCAUCUUCACAGACACUUGGCCCAAUGGUGGCUUCAGAUAGCUUUAUUCACCGUUGUAGAAUAUGUGGGGCUGCAGCUCACCUCAGUUGUUCCUCAAAGGCUCACAGAGACUCCAUUGUGAAGAGCCCUGUAGUGCUUCUUUUCUUGGAGGGUCACCAAUAUGGUGUUGCUUAUGGUGUCAGCGUUUGGCUGAUUGUGUCACCUCUUCAUGUUAAGGAGCUCAGGAGGUCUUCAUCUGGUGGAAUCUUGAGUUCCAUCACUCAUGGAGCUAAUGAGAUUGCAUCUUCUGUACGUGCAAGUAUUAGAAAUCAAAGUAAGAAAACCAAAAAAGAAAACGAAGUCCCUGUGGAUAUUAGUAAUGGUAGUGUAGAGGAAGCUUCUACAGAAAGUACAACAGAUAUUAAUAUAGCAAAUGGUGCCUCAAAAGAGAACUACAAUGGGAACACAAACACAAACACAGAGGUUACAAGUCAACAACAAGAUGGUGAUGUGGUCAACAAGUUCGGGCGAAAGUUGAGUUUUAAAAGAAACAUAUCAAGCAGUCAGAGAGAUGAGUCACAUAUAGUUGGGAUGAAGCAGAAAUAUGAGUUGACUGAUAUGGGUCCAGAUUCAAGGCCUCUUUUAGUCUUUAUUAACAAGAAGAGUGGUGCUCAGAGAGGUGAUUCACUCAGGUUAAGGAUGAAUAUCCUCUUGAACCCUGUUCAGGUGUUUGAGUUGAGUUCAACAGAGGGGCCAGAAGUUGGUCUUUAUCUAUUCAGAAAAGUCGCGAAUUUUAGAAUUCUUAUAUGCGGUGGAGAUGGGACAGUUGGGUGGGUAUUGGAUGCGAUUGAGAAGCAAAACUUCAUAUCUCCACCACCAGUUGCUAUUCUGCCAGCUGGCACUGGAAAUGACCUGGCAAGAGUUUUAGGGUGGGGAGGUGGUUUGGGGUCAGUAGAGAAACAUGGUGGCCUCUGUACAAUGCUUCAAGACAUAGAACAUGCUGCUGUCACCAUUCUUGAUCGUUGGAAGGUUUCUAUAACAAAUCAGAAGGGAAAACAGCUUCGUUCACCAAAAUUUAUGAAUAAUUAUCUUGGUGUAGGAUGUGAUGCGAAGGUUGCUUUAGAAAUUCACAAUCUGAGAGAGGAGAAUCCAGAGAAGUUUUAUAACCAGUUUAUGAAUAAAGUUUUGUAUGCUAGAGAAGGUGCGAGAACCAUCAUGGAUAGAACAUUCCAAGAUUACCCUUGGCAGGUGAAAGUGGAGGUAGAUGGUGUUGAUAUUGAGGUCCCUGAGGAUGCGGAGGGUGUUCUUGUUGCGAAUAUUGGAAGCUAUAUGGGUGGUGUAGACUUGUGGCAGAAUGAAGAUGACAACUAUGAUAAUUUUGAUCCUCAAUCUAUGCAUGAUAAGAUUCUGGAAGUUGUGAGCAUAUCAGGGACCUGGCAUCUUGGAAAACUUCAGGUAGGUCUGUCUCGAGCCCGAAGGCUGGCACAGGGACAGAGCAUAAAAAUUCAGCUUCUUGCUCCGUUGCCUGUUCAGAUUGAUGGUGAACCAUGGAUGCAGUCACCAUGCACUUUGACCAUUUCACAUCAUGGCCAGGCUUUCAUGCUGAAAAGGUCGGGUGAGGAACCCCUUGGUCAUGCAGCAGCUAUAGUGGCUGAUGUGCUGGCACAUGCGGAGACAAGUAAUGUCAUAAAUGCAUCUCAGAAAAGAGCGCUUCUUCAGGAAAUCGCACUCAAGCUCUCCUAGAAUCACUUUUACUUGUUUUGUAGGAACCCAAGGAGAGCUCAUACUUCAUAUCGUAUCAUCAUAUAUAAUAUAUUUAUAGCUUGGUCUCCCCUUUUAUUCUUUUUUGGUCAUGUGUUUCAUUUCCUUCACGCAUGCUUGUAAUACAACAAAUCUUGAAUAUACAUACAUAUAACUAGAAUGGAAAUAGUUUUUGUUUUGUAAACUCAGGCUGUAUUGUAUUGGACAUGUUUUGUUUUCUGGAUAAAUGAUGGUUUAAAACUCAAUAUUUUCUCUAUUAA